AUGCUCAGUACACCCAAAGUAGCGAAACGGGAGCGGGAGCAGUUUGUGCUGAUGCAGCGGCGGCGGACGCCAGCUGGGAGCUCAGCUGUGCAGCGCUGCCCCAGGGGCCCCGAAAGAACAAGUGAGUGGCCCCGGUGGCGCCGGCUUGCCGCGGCCCCCCGGAUAGCGGGAUGCGGGACAAGUCCCCUAGAAUCGGGACGUCUGGGCACCCUGCUUCCCCCAGACGCGCUCCGCGUUCGGCAGGAUCGGCCCCGGCUGUUCUCCCCUCCGGCCAAGAUGCUGUGGGUGCUGUGGUGUCCCGUGCUGCUGGGAUGGGUCACUGUGGGACCAGACACGGCCCCUCAGGCGAGCGACGGCCCCCAGUUCUGGGCCCGGGCCGGCCAGGACAUCACGCUGGUGUGCAGGGCCCGAGCGCCCCCAAAAGCCGACCUACGUCACCUGCGCAUUCACUGGCACCUCCUGCGGGAGCCGGCGGGGGGCUCCGUGGUGCACAGCUACCACACGGGGGCUGACCAGCUGGGAGACCAGGCCGAGGAGUUCAGGGGCCGGACGCGGCUCCUCCUACAGGGGAUCCGCCAGGGGGUGGUGGCCCUGAGCCUGACCGGUGUGCGGCCCUCGGACAGCGGCACGUACCGGUGCUUCAUCAUGGACAGCCAGGCUGACAGCAUCAUGGACAUCGUCCUCCACGUGGCAGCAGGGCUGCAGGCGCUGGAGCAGCGAUUCCCCGGGUGGGCGAUGGCUGUCGUGACGCUGGCGCUCGUGACCCUCGUGUGCGUGGUGCUGAUCCAUUGGGGGUUGCCGCGUAUCCCCGCCGAAGGGCUUCAUCUUGGAUGGCGAAGAGCGCCCGGCUCCCAGCACUGGCACCGUGUCCGGACGGACCCCCCCGAAGUGGACAUGGCUGAGCGCUAGGUCUGCAUGGCCCCCCCCCUCGUCCGCCCCUCAGCCGGCGGGGAGUGACGGGCUCAGACUGCAGCGGGGAAGAACGGAGGUUUCUGAGGGGAGAGAUGUGACGAAGUGGGGGAUUUUCUUGUUGUUUCCAAUGGUUUGCAUGCGGAGGGGGUGGGACUCAGUUUCCCUGGGUGUUACUGGUUUAACGAGGUGAGGGGAGAGGGAGUAUGUUCU